AGUUCAGCUGAUUGAGACACGAGCUGUAACCUGAGAGCAGAGACUCCCUCCGCGGCGCUUUCCCUCAUUCCGUUCACCAGCAAUGACUGCCGUCCUCCGCCGCGCUUGGCUGGAGCGCCGCCUGGGCGUAAACUGCUGACAGCUCCCGGCCUCAGUUUACAAAGUGACCUAGGCCCAAGGCCCCAGGGCCUUCGCGGAGCUCCUCUUUUGCCAGCCUCGGAAGCCUCCCUGCCUCCGCCCCCCUCGCCACACACCCCCAGUCGCCCCGCCCUUCCAGCCUCCGCCGCCGGCGCUCCCGGCACUUAGCGCGCAGGGGUAGGGCCGGGUGUCCUGGUGUGAACGCGACUCAUCCCGGCUCGCUUCUCCGACUACCACCAGGGACACGGAGGCCCGGAAGUCCGCUUCAGCCCUCAGGUGAACGCCCUGGCUCUCUACCGCUCGCCUGGGCCCGCGGGCGGUGGUCAUGCAUGGCGCUCCUGUGGCUGCUCCUACUCGGGCCAGCACCCCUCCUCCUGGUCCUGUCGAGCUGGCCACCCAGCGCAGGGUUUCUGCAAGUGGAAAUGGCAAGGGAGACUCAGACAGUGUUCCUGAAUGACAAUGUCACUAUUGUCUGCAAAGUCCCGAGUGACAGCCCCCUGAACAUCACGCUUAUGGGUGUCACCUGGUUUAGGAAGCAUCAUAUGUCAACAACAGAAGUUACAGUGUUUCAGUAUUUUGGAGGCAACCGAAUGAUAACACGACCUGGAGCCUCUGUGUCUCUAUCGAAGCUGGAAAGAGGGGAUGCCUCGCUGGAGCUGCCAGACAUCCGGCUGGAGGAAGCAGGAGAGUACCGAUGUGAGGUGGUGAUGACCCCUAACAAAGCAGUGAAAACCAUCCAGCUGGAGAUUGUGGCUUACCCAGUCCCCAGCUUGUUUCCAGAGCAAGCCAUCAUGAAAGAAAAUGAAGAACAACUUAUUUCGUGUAUGGCAAGUGGGUUCUACCCCUUGAACAUUACCAUUACGUGGAAAAAGUGGACCCAGAAGGAUCCCCAGUAUGUGGAGGUUUCUGAGGGCGUCUUCACUAAUUAUACCACCGACAAUAAGAAUGUCACUAGUUUCUUGAGGCUGAAGCCCUCUCUGGAAGACAAUAUGACCAUCUACCAGUGUGUGAUAUGGCAUAAAUCCUUGCCUACCUACCAGAGGCUCAACUUCACCUUGACUGUUAUAGAAUCUGAGAAGACAGAAUCUGAGAAGAUAGAAUCUGAGAAGACAGCUUUUACUCUGAAGUACGUUGUAUUCCCCUGUUUUGGAAUAGCCUUCGUAAUUGUACUACUGAUUGUAUUGUGGAAAUGGGUGCUAUCCCGAAGAUAUUCCUUAUUCUCCGUCUUGAAAGCUUGUUCUCAGAACACUCAAAUUGACACAAGAAGGAAUAAUGUAUUUGUGGCUUAUUCCAAUGGCGUAACCACUGAAAGAACAUUGGAAGUUCUUACACAGAAACAGCAGUAACAACAAGGUUUCUCAGUGAAUGCAUCUGUAACCGAAAUUACUUUCCCCAAUGCCUUAGGUAACUUACUCAGGAACAGACUGUUCAAGCUGCUUUCUUGGUGGCCUCCUGCCAAUCAGCUUAUCCAAGAAAAAGAAAGCAGUGCUUUCCAAAGAAGACAUACAGACGGCCAACAGACACAUGAAAAGGUGCUCAAUAUCACCACUCAUCAGGGCAAUAAAAACCACAAUUAGCUACUACCUCACCCCUGUUAGAAUAGCUUGUAUCAAAAAGACAGGAAACAACAGGUGUUGGCAAGGAUGUGGAGAAAAAGGAUCCCUAGUGCACUAUAUUGAUUGGAAUGUAAAUUGCUGGUAGCUACUAUGGAAAACAGAAUGGAAGUUCCUCAAGAAAUUAAAAAUAGAACUACCAUGUGAUCCAGUAAUUCGAUUUUUGGGUAUUUACCUGAAAAAAAUGAAAACACUAACUCUAAAAGAUAUGUACACCCCUAUGUUCACUGAAGCAUUAUUUAUAAUAACCGAGAUAUGAAAACAAGUGUUACUGAUGGAUGAAUGGAUAAAGAAAAUGUGAGAUAUAUAUGUUUACACACACACACACACACACAUAUAUAUGUAUAUAUAUAUAUAUAUAAAAUGAAGUUUUAUUCAUCCAUAAAAAAAGAAUGAAGCCUUGUUAUUUGGACCCAUACGGAUGGAACUUGAAGGUAUAAUACUAAAUUAAAUAAGUCAGACAGAGAAAGACAAAUACCAUAUGAUCUCACAUAUGGUGAGAUCAAAACAAAACCAAAAACCCAAGCUCACAGAUAAGAGAGAGCACAAGGGUGGGUGCCAGGAAUGGAGUGGGGUGGAUGAAAUGGGUGAAGGUGGUGGUCAAAAGGUGCAAAUUUCUGGUCAUAAAUUGUGGGGAUGUAACGUACACCAUGGUGCCUAUAGUUAAUAGUACUGUAAUGCAUAUUUGAAAGUUACUAAGAGUAAAUCUUUAAAAAGUUUGGAAAAACUUUUUGAGAAGAAAAUAUUUUUAUAAUUAUGUAUAGUGACAGAUGUUAACUAGACUUAUCGUGGUGAUAUUUUGGAAUAUAUACAACUACUGGAUCAUGUUAUACACCUGAAACUGAUCUAUUGUAUGUCCCUCCAAAGUUACACUUACUAUUUCUAGACUGUGAACUAUUUCCUUUCACAUUCUACUUCUUAAUUUAAUGAGAUCCACCUAUUCAUGCUAAUAGAAGAAUAAAUGUAUGGGGCGCCUGGGUGGCUCAGUGGGUUAAAGCCUCUGCCUUCGGCUCAGGUCAUGAUCCCAGGGUCCUGGGAUCAAGCCCCACAUUGGGCUCUCUACUCAGCAGGGAGCCUGCUUCCUCCUCUCUCUCUGCCUGCUUCUCUGCCUACUUUAAAAUCUAAAAAAAAGGGGCGCCUGGGUGGCUCAGUCGUUAAGUGUCUGCCUUCGGCUUGGGUCAUGAUUCCAGGGUCCUGGGAUCGAGCCCCGCAUCGGGCUCCCUGCUCAGCAGAGGGCCUGCUUUUCCCUCUGCCUGCUGCUCCCCCUACUUGUGUGUGUGCUCUCUCUCUCUCUUUCUCACUAUCAAACAAAUAAAUAAAAUAUUAAAAAAAAAUUUAAAAUCUAAAAAAAAAAUCGUAAAAAAAAAAGAAUAAAUAUAUAG